AUGUAAAAAAAUAGUCUAAGUUUGCUAAUUACUAUUCUUCUAACUUUAAUUGAAUAAGUUAAUUCAAGUUGCAAUUACAUAAGCACUGAGUCUGUAAUAUUAAGCCUAUCUAAUCCUGAAUAGGAGAUAGAUGUUAAAUUGGAAAAUAGGUAUUUAAACUCUAAAGACAACAUUGGGUAUGGUUUAUGGAUGAAAUACCAGCCGUUCAUCCCAAUUACAGAUAUAAGUUUUUCAGGAAAGGGUUCAGCAUCCUCUGGAUAGUUCAUCUAUUUACUCUAGUAAAAAGAAACAAAAUUCAAUUUGUUAGCUUUUUAUACUUCUAUUUCUGAUUAAACAUUAACUAUUACUCACAAUGUGUUUUAUUCAUUUAAAAAAACAACUGGCACUUUAGUAUUUACUUUUGAAUAUGGAAAUUAUGAAGGUUAAUGGAUAUUAUUUUAUUUCUAUUUUAAUCUCUUAUCAGACUAAACAAUUAUCGGAUUUUAUUCAUAGUAACAGACAAUUUCAACGAAAACAUAGACAGUAAAUGACAUACCUGCACUUGUCAAAGAUAUUACUCAUGCGGUAGGAGGGAAAUAGGAGAUAACAAAUUAAUUGGGAGAGCAACUUAGAUUGACUUAGUUUAUCGGAAGACUUUCCACAGUUUUCAGUUAGGGGUCAGUAAAUAUAUUUUCAAACUUGGGGACGUUCUUAUUAGGUUGUUCUAUCAAUUCCGAAUGCUCUGGAUCUGCAUAUACAUUAUCAAGUAGCAAUUAAGCAUUUUUGGGAUAGGGGUAUACGUCUGGUACAACAAGUGUAUUUGAGUAUCCAAAAUUUGUAAUAAAAGGAUGGUUAAAAUUACAAUUGUUUGAGAAGUCACCCCUCGUUACUGUGAUAUUCAGAGUCACAAUAAAUCAAAACUAUGAGGAUGACAUGGAGAUUGGAGAUAAAGAUAUCUACUUGUAGUAUCAUCAGAAUAUCGCUCCAGAAUCAAAUGGAUUUCAAAUAACCACUUAUUCAUACAAUUUUCCAACUUCAAACAGGUACACUAGUGCUGCAACAGAUAUCUUGAGUGACUACGGAGCAUAAUAUUUGGAAUUAUUCAUAAAAUGGCAUUAUAUUUAAUAUGAAAUCGGAACAAGCAAUAACUAAGGCGAACCAAUUUUUACAAUGUAUUUUCCAUCACUAUUGGUUAAGAAGUAAACUUACAAAUGGAGCAGUAAGAUAAAACAUUUCACAGGAACAAAAAUGUAUUAUUCAGUUGGUGGCGAUAAAUAUAGUAAAAAUUAUUUGGAAGGACACAUUAGCGAUAUGUAAUUAAUUUAGUAUUGCACAACUCCUAUAAUUACAUUAUCCCCUAAUUGCCAUUAUUCAUGUCUUACUUGUGAUGGUCCUAAUAGCAACAAUUGCUUAUCAUGUCCAUUGAAUAGUCAAAGAAUCUAGUCAGUAACCCAAAAGAUUUGUGCCUGCAAAUCCAAAUAUGUGGAUAUUGAAAAUGAACCGAUCUGCAGACCAGUAUCAGAAAUCUUUCCAUAGAUGACAGAGGUAGAAUUGGAGUUAUAGUGUGAUACUCCAGGAUAUGAUGUUUGCACAACAGAGAAAAAAGAAUGUUCAUUUGGUUAUUUCUUAUAUGGAGGGUAUUGCUUAUAAUGUCCUGGUUAUUCCACAUUUUCUACUAGAAGUGUAAUUUAAUGUUCGAAUUGUUUGUUUUACCCAGGCGCCUUCUCAUAAUCUUUAAGGUGUAUUCAAGAUACGGUCACUUAUGAUUAUAAUGAAAAUUUUUCAUAUUAAACCGUCGACAGAACUGAGAAAGACAUAGAAUUUUAUAAUGUAAUUGUAAAUGUAAAUGGAGAUUAUGAAUUAUAACUAAUGGAAGGAUUUGAUCACUCUGAAACUUGCAAAGAAGGGUACUUUUUAAGUAAUGACAAUUGUUUCUCCUGUGCUAAAGGAUGUCAAGUUUGUCAAAAUGAAGAGAUAUGUAAAACCUGCUCUUCUGGUUAUGUUUUAACAGUAGACUUUUAAUGUAUUCAAUGUUAAGGAUGCUCAGAUUGCACAAUAGAAUCUGAAAUAGCAAUAUGCAGUUCCUGUGCAACUGGAACAUACCUUUCAUCAGAUGGACCUUGUAUUCCAUGUGGGAUGAAUUGUUCAAGUUGUGAUUCUAAUGGCAUUUGUUUAUACUGUGAUGAUCCUACUAAAUAUUUUUAAACAUUUGAUGGUCAAAAUUGCCAACCUUGUAGUAUCACAAAUUGUAUCUAUUGCUAUUAAUACUAUGUUAAAAAUGGAAUUACCUAUACAACCCUUGAUAUAAAUUAUGAUAUUCUUGAACUAAAUUAAGAGAAGUUCUUAGUUGGUUGUGCCAGCUGCCAGGCUAAUCUAUAUUAUAAUGUGCUAACAUAGACUUGUUAAGAAAAACCACCUACAACUCCUACAACAACUUCAACUGAUCCAUUCAGUGGUGGUGGUGGUGGUGGCGGCGGUGGAGGUGGAGGAAGUAGUGGAGGAGGUGGUUCAUAAGAGCAAGUUAAUGAUUGCAGUUCUGGGCUCAUUAUCAAUGCUGCGGGUGACUCUCAAUGUUUAAUUAGUACAACAAGUAAGACUUCAACUCAAAAUACAGAUUGCUCAUCAAUCUCAAAUUGUUCACAAUGCAUCCAAAAAUAUAGUUCAUCAAUUACUUUUUGCAUGUUGUGUGUAGAUGGGUAUUAUUCAGCAAUAUUAACUGGCUAAUGCUUACAAUGUGAUUCAAAUUGUAAGAGUUGUACUUAAUAGAGUUCGAAGUAUCAGGAUUAUUGGAAAUGGAAUAUAAAGGCUUACUAUAAAUACAUCCUUAAUUCAGAUGAUUCACAUGCAUUUGAAUCCUAUGCUGUAGAGACAGUACAAAAUAAUUUUGAAUUGAUUUGCACAUCCUGUCCUUUAGGGUAUAUUUUAUAUAAGCAUAAGUGUAUCAAAAAUUGUGAUAUAGAAUGCACUGAUUGUGAAGUAAUAAAUGGAGUUGCUACUUGUAUCUAAUGUUUGGAAACUCCAUAGGGAUUUUUAAAAAGUCAUGAUUCAAAUGGAGCUUGUUAGACAUGUCCAAGUAAUUGUGGAGCAUGUUUAGAAAGGAGUGUUUCAGACAUUGCCAAAUUCAAUCCUUAUUUCCUGUCCUCUUCCUCAAAUUUAAAAUAUACAAAAAUUUGCUAUGAAAAAUUCAAUUUGGAUUCUCCUGAAGGUUAAUACUUUAAUGAUCAAUUAUUGAAAACUAUUACCUUUUGUGAAACCUAUAAUAAAUGCUAUUACCAAGUGAUCUUAGUUUAAAAUGUUUAUUGUUCAUAUGAGUAUAUGAAUUAAACAGCCUCUGAUUUGUCAGGAGAGGCGUUGAAUGUUUUUAAAAUGAAAAAUAUUCACAUAUCUGAACUCUUUUAGAAGAAUUAUUUAGCUGCCGUUGAAACUACUGGGUUGUUUUAGUAUCUAAAUGAGAAAGUAAUACGUGAAGUUGUCUUUGAAUAUACAAUUAUUUAGAAAUCGGGAGAGAUUUGUAAUAUCCAAUCAGGCGGUUAACUCUUUUCAAAAAUUUAAUAAAAUGUCUUUACUGUUCAAUCUGUUAACAUCAAAUUUAUUGGACAGUUAUAUCCAACAACGAUAACUUUAGAAUCAACAUUAACAUUGAGCAACUUCACUACAAUUACUUUUCAAAAUAUCAAAUUGGACACAAUGAAUUCCUAAAUCCAGAGUUUCAUGGAAUCUGCCAUAAUUUUAGAAAAUAAAGCCCUGAAUCUUAAUUUAGUUAUUCAAGACUGUGUUUUUACUACAACUAAUUCCACCCCUAGUAUACGCUCAUUUUAUUUUUUGUCUCAAUAAGGUUAUUCUUUGAGUAUCAAUAAUUUGAUUAUUGACAACCUAAAGGUUAUAAACUCAGAAAUAUUUUCAUUCAUUUCAACAUCUCAAUUCAAUCCAAACAGUUUAACAGUUUAUGAUUUGAAGGUAAUCAAUUCGUAUUUUUCAUCUACAGAUUUAUUCUACUUUGAAGCAAAAUAGAGUUUUCUUACUUUUAAUAUAAUGAUGAAAUCAAUAACCAUGACCAAUACAAUAUUUGAAAAUUCGAAUUUUAUGAAGUCAUAAACCUAACUGGACUAUGACAUUGGUCCUGUAUUGAUUAAAGAAAUCGAUCUCAAGGCUGUAACAAUUAAAGAAAAAUCAUCGCUGUUCAAUAUUCAAGGGGCACAAUCGUUUAAGCUUUAAGGUCUAACUAUGUCAGAUAGCGUUAUUUCAUCAAACUCUUACCUUUACAGUUGCAAUAUCUUUCAAUUACAGGAUAUCUAUAUAAACAAUACUAGUAUUUCUAGCAGCACAAUAUUCAGUAACGACGUCGAAUACUCAUUAUCAUAUAAUGCACUAAUUAAUGCUGCUAAAGUGUCAAUUAUUAAUUGCACAAUUGAAAAUGUUAAUUACAAUAAUCAACAGGCUAUCUUAAAAAUAAUCUAAUUAGAAAAGAUAUCUGCUCUAAUUGUUUCAAUACAGUAAUUUACAUUAUCAAAAAGUGUGAUUACAGUAAAAGUGAAGACUACUUAUAUAUCCUAUCAAUAAUCUAUCAUCUAUCUAGAAUGUUAAACUUGUGUUUUGGAGGAAGUUGAAAUUCAAAGAGGGUAUGGUCUACCAGAAAUAACGAUCCUAAACUCUUAGAGUCUGUCAUUAAAUAGGAUCAAGUUUACUUAAUCAACUUUAUAUCACUCCAAAACCCUUCAUUAAUCCGUUGAUUGCAUGCUCAAGUAUGCCUAUGAGAACAUGUAUUUCUACUUGUACAUAGGAUUGUAUCAGAACAUCACAAUAAAUAAUUUAGAAUUGUCCAGUUCGAUAGCUUUUAACAACCCUUUUAUAAUUAUUAAGGCUUAUGAUUUGAUGGAGAAAAUACAAAAUGAAUACAUCAGCAUCACCAAUAGUAAAUUUUAUUCAAACAUGUUAAUAAUAACAAAAAGAAACACUGCUACUUCGCUUAUAUCUUUAUUUUCAGAAUAGAACUGCAAAGUAAGCAUAAACUGUGUAGUAUUUAUUAAGAAUCAUUUAAAUGAGUAUGUUUAAGAUUUAUCAAGACAAUCUGCAUCUACCUUGUUGCUUUAAUCACAGCAGGGUGAUGUUGAAAUAUCCAAUUCAGUGUUCAAAAACAAUAUCGUCACCAACUCAACAAAUUCUAUCUUAUACAUAAAAUCUAUCAAUGUUGUAUUCCAGAAAAAUCAGUUUUCUAACAAUAACAUAUUGUAACUUUCGACAUUAGCCUAGAAUCUACUGCUAUUUGAAAACUAAGAACAGAUUGAUGGAAUGAGUUUGACCUAGGUAUUUCCAAUCAAUUCAAAAAGUGGAAAUGGUUUGAUAAUAGCCAAUAUCAUCUCAAUAAAUAAGACAUCAGUCAACAAUUCAUUUUCAUUAUAUGGAGGUGGGUUCUAUUUAGAUGCUUAAGUUACAGGUGCUAUCACUAUUUAGAACUCAGUAUUUUAAAAUACAUUAACUAGCUUAUCAAGUUCUUCAUUUUCAACAGGAGGCUGCCUCUAUAUCGAUGCCUAAUUGUCAGAGUUAAAGCUUCGAAUAUAUUAAACGACGAUAGAAAACUCAUUUAGCAGGAUUCAAGGAGGUGGCAUCUAUAUCGUACCUUCAUAACAAUAAAACUAUGUUGAUCUACAAAAUCUAACCAUAAUAAAUUGCUUUUCCAUCCAACAUGGUUUCUUCUCAUAUAUAUUAUCAAGUUUGUAGAGCAUAUAUUCGGAAGUUCGUUUUGGUGGUAUAUAGUUUGUAGCGACAAAAACUGGCUUUAUGAAAUUUUUAUCUCUUUUAGAAUCACCAACGACUGACGAUAUAGAUGAGAUUAGAAAUAACAAUCCUAUGAUUAAAGUCAAAUAUGGAUCAGUUUAUAUGGAGAAUUGCAGCUUUGUUUCAACCCACAUUUAAUUCUUGUUGGAUUUUGAGUUUGCUACUAGUAUUGUUUUAAAAGAUAUUUUCAUCUUGAAUUCCACAAUCUUAUUUUCUCCUUUGAUAAGAUUAAGUUUAAGAUAAUAGGCUAGUGGAAGUAUAUUGUUAAUUAAUAUCAAUGCGGAGAAUGUAUAGCAGUAUACUGAUUAUUCAGAUUCUUUUUGUUUUAUUUCGACAUUUCAAUAGAUUUAAUCGUUAACAUGUCCUGGAAGUAUCCCUAAGGACAAUCCGAUUAUAGAUGAUUAUGAUACCUCUCUCUAUUAGCAAUUGUAAUAACUUUGUAAUUAAAAUGAUGUUUAUAAAAUUGCAAAUUAUAAUUUCAGCUUAUUCGAGAUAGAUAACUUGAAUUCAUCUCAUAGUUUUGAGGUUCAAGAAUUGAAUUUUGAUUCCAUCAUAUGUAUGUCGUGUCAAUAUGGUAUCUUCAGGAUUAAGGGUAUAUAUUAAUUAGAUAAUGAAAACAUCCUUUUCAAUAAAAUCAAGAUCUAAAAUAGUUAAUGUGGGUAGACAGGAUGUCUUUCAUUGAUAUCGCAGUAUGACUAAUCUUUUCUGAGAAGUGAUCUAUUAGCAACGAACAGAAGAAGGCAGCUCCAGAAACAUGAUUACAUAAAUUUGAUAGAGAAAUUAGAUCAUUAAGCUAGGAUAAUACAUAGUAAGUUUGUAAACAACUAUGCAACCUAUGGAGGAUCAGUGUUCAUUGUUUAACUAAAAACAAUAAUUCAUAAUUGUUUGUUUCAGAAAAAUAAAGCAGAGAUAGGAGGUGCAAUCUAUUAUUAUUCUAAUGAAUCUUAAAUGAUAAUAUUUGAAAGUGAAAUAAUUGAAAAUGAGGCCAAAAUUGCUGGAGGAUUGUACUUGAAUAAGUAGUAGCUGCAGAAAACGAUGUAAUUGGAUGUAUUUUUAUCAAAUAACAAUUCAACUCUCUUUGGCUCAGAUGUCUUUGAGAAUCCAAGAUCUCUGACAAUAUCUGUCGAUGGAGGUCAGACCUUUUUAACCAAAGUUUAAGUAACCCAGAAUUCAACUACAAUCAUUGAGAAAAUAGUAGUCACUCCAUAUAAGAUUUUGGGAUCAUCUGAAAAGGUGAAAUAUUUAACAUUCCCCUCUGGCAGACAGAUAGAGUCAUAUGAAUUCUUUGAUCAAUAUCAAUCCUAGUAUAUUCCUUAUAAUUUAACCUUUCGUAUCAUCGCUCUUAACAAAUAUAACACUCAAGAGAAGAAAUUAGCUGGGACUACCUGCACUCUGACUCCUACAAUAAUCAACAUCACAAGCGAAGUGGUAGCACUAGGAUUAGUCGGAAGUUUAUCCUACAGUAAAGUGAAAUUUAAUGAGAGCACUGGUGAUUACAAUCUAGAUGAUUUAAUCAUCUACUUCAAUCCGAAGUAUGAAGAAGAAAUCAUCUUAAGAUUGAACAUCUAGUGCAACAUUAUCUCAAUUCCAGAAUACGAUGCUAAUCCUCCCUAUUUAAUUAAGAAUUACAUAACUAACUACAAUUUGUAAGUAGACAUCAAGACUUUCAACUGCUAAUUAGGAGAAUUCUUAAAUUCAACCUCUGGAGGCUGCACAUUGUGUGAUGUCAUACAAAAUCAGUACUAGGUGCAAUGGAGUGCUCAGAGUUGCAGUUAUAAGGAUGACUUAAAAAUGAAAUCAAUAGAAUCUUCAAUGAUUGAAUUAAGAUCAAGCUAUUGGAGAGCAUAUUAUUAUAGUCAAACUAUUGAAUACUGUUAUCACCUGACUGAGAAUUGCGAGGGAGGAUGGUCACCAGGAGAUGAAUCUUGCAUAGUUGGACACAUAGGUGCUUUGUGUGAGUAAUGCGACUUGUACAAUGUUCGAGGAGAUGGGUCUUACUCACUAAGUUCUUCGUAUUCCUGUGGUAGUUGCGAUGAAAUCUUUGGAAAUGUGUUAACUAUAUUCUUCAUCAGCAUAUGGACCCUAGUCUCAAUUUUGAUGUCUGUAAGCAGCACAGUCCAGAUGAUUGAAGAAUUUAUUAUUGGAAUUCGAUUGAAAGCAUUCGGAGUCACGGUUGUCAUAAAAUAGGCUUCCACAGCCAUAUUAAUUAAGGUAUUCACUAACUACCUAUAAAUCAUUUCGACUAUUUCUACAUUCUAACUGUAAGUGCCUUCAGGACUGGCAUCAAUCAUUAAUAGUGCUGGCAACCCUAUUGAAUCUAUGGCAUACUCUCUAGAUUGCUUUUUAAUAAACGUUUCGGAUAUUUUGAUCAUAUACUUUAGGAUCGUAUGGAGUCUGAUGAUGGCAUCUUCCUAUAUAACGGUGUUCUUUACUUUGGGAGGAGUAGCAAUUCUGUUUAACUCCAUAAAGUUUAGGUUCUCUUAUAUCACUACAGCUCUCAUCUAUGUGUUCAUCUACUUGUAGCCGAAUUUGAUAGGGGGAUUGAUCUCCUUAAUAUCCUAUAGACUAAUUUCAGACGAAUAUUGGAUUCAAGGGAAUGUGGCCUAUCGCUAUGACACAUAUCAGCAUUUUAAAUGGUUGUUGGGCUUUUGCUUUCCCUUGUUGCUGUUCUUUGGAGCCAUUAUGCCCAUUUACUUGUGGUAUGGAGUUAGGAAGAAUUUGCAUCGUUUGGAUCUUACGAAAGUUAGAUAAAUCUGGGGUUACCUCUAUAAUGAAUACAAGUUGCAUGCUUAUUAUUGGGAGACGAUCAAAAUCCUGUAGAAGGAAUUGAUUAUAAUUGUGUUGGCUUAUUAUGAGGAUCACAUCCCGAUUAAAGCGUCCCUUGUGUUUUUAGUCCUCUUUGGAUAUAGCUUUCUAACUACUGCUCAAAAACCUUACAUGUCAGGCGAUCUCAAUUACUUAGACACCAAAUCCACCAUUGCUUGUGCAGUUUCAAUUAUUUUAGGCAGUUCCAUUUACACUGCCUAAUAAUCAAAUCUAUAAGAAAUUGUUUGGCCAUUUUACGUGAUUAUUGGAAUCCUGAAUGCAUUAUUCAUAGCUGAGAUACUCGUUAAAAUAUUAUUUGCCUAUUUUUAAAAAUUGCAUGAUCAAAUUGAUUAUGUCAAGGACUUUAUCAAGAGUCAUUUUCCAAAAGCGAUCAGUAGGUAUCCAUUUCUGAAUGAGUUAUUUGAGAGCAAAAAGAAAAAAUAGGAUAGGAUCAGAGAGAGGUAUGGUAAACUAAGAGUGCAUCUCAUAUGCUAAGCUAAAAAGAUAUUAGAAUUUAAACGGAUGAAUAAUUUAGAAAUCCCAGGCAGAAUCAGAACUGAUUUGUUAGAUAGCCAUGAUGACUAAUAAGAAAAACAUGAAUAAAAAUUAGGAAUUAAUUCUAUUAACAGUCCAUCAAUGGAUCCCUCUGAUAAAAUUGAUUUUAAAUUGGAAGUACCCUAAGCCAGGUUUCAAAAGAUUUAUCCAGAAUUUCCCUUACAUUACAUUCCAUAAGAUAGUCUGAAAUCCAGUUUUCAUUAAUCAUCAGGCUGA